CCUGGGAGAACGGUUCUGCAGCUAUCAACGCAUCUAGUUAAGCAUACAUUGGUUGUGUGUUGAAAGCCUGUCUUUCGCAAUCUGUGCACGAUACUCCUUGUCUCCUGUCAUCUCCUACCUGCCGUCCAGACCCCCACAAUCCUAGGCCGGGCCUAGCUCCGUGGACCUGUUGUCCAGAUUGUAACAGUUAUCUUCCGUAUAAGAAGACUUCGUAAUGGCCAGGAAAUCGGCUUGGGCCCCUUACCAGCUGAGGUUCCAUAUACGAAGGCGAGAAUAUACUUACUUUAGGAGCACAUGUGCGUACCUACCUUCACUUACAUCACUCUUGACGAUGACGACGACGACGUCGACGAGCUUACCCAGGCGCAUGCGGACCCUGCUCGCCGUACCGUCAAUAGCCUUGACGCAGGGAGCCGGGCAAUAGGCACCCGGGGAACAGGAAGCCGGGUAACAAGCAUACCCCGGGCUGGCCGGGCAACAGGCACUCCCCGAGGAGGCAGGGCAAUAAGCAGUGCUCAACACCGAGGCACGCAGGGUGUUAGGCGGGCGGCACAACACCACGAGCCUCACGUGGCCCUGCAGCCUCUGCAGUGGCUGAGGGUCGUGUCGUCAGGCCUACACGAAGUGGAAGGGUCCCGCGAUCUACUGCCCGGGCAUUGGAAGGCAUGGAUCAGUAAGGCCGUCAGUUGUGAGCAGUUGUGGGUAGUUUGGAGGUACGAAUACGGACACCAAAGAUAUGAUACUGUACAGAACCUCUCUCUAGGAACGAUAGGUGCCAAAAGGUGCCUUCUUCGCAGGUUGAACUUGAAGGCAGGCUGGAAGGAGGAGUGGAGGGUCUGCUUUGAACUGCGUUACAGUGCGCCUAUUGUCUUGCGCGUGCAGAUGGCGAUCAAAGGGCCCCACAACAAUAUCAGCGCUGAGGAUCUCUUUCCCGCAAGGUACCGACCCAAGGCACGUAAAGAACAAGAGGAUUUUUUUUUUUGGCUGAAGAAGGGUACUUGCAAUUGAAUUCGCCCUAAAGAAAACACCCACUCGAGGAACUUCUAGGCAGGCUAACGGAGAACAACUGGAAACUGUAAAGCUAAAGUCGCAGGUUGACUCGAAACUAAGAUAUUUCAAUUCUGAUCACGAGCCAAAAAAUCCCCACCA